AUGGCAUCCGCAACAGUCGAAAUUACCACCCCGGUAGUCCCCAUCAUCAACGAGAAGAUUAGCCUGAAAAGCCUUGCUCGCGAGCCCUUAAAGCAAACCGGAGUUCUUGAUGCCUUCGAGUCUUUUGAUGUCACUCCAGUUAUUGGACGUGAGUUCCCCGAUGCCAACCUGAAGGACUUCCUCCGCGCUCCCAACUCUGAUGACCUACUUCGUGAACUUGCCAUUACCAUUUCGCAGCGAGGAGUCGUCUUCUUCCGCAAGCAAAACGACCUCGACAAUGACCUGCAGAAGGAGCUUGUCCAGCGACUCGGCGAGCUCUCAGGCAAGCCAAGCACGUCCGGACUGCACAUCCACCCCAUUGUCAACUCGAGCCGUGAUAACAGUGUCAAGGAUGAUGAGAUCAGCGUGAUUAGCUCUGUUGAACGCCAGAAGCUGUAUACCAACUUCCGCCGGGACCGCAAGCAGACUGGCCGGAAGGAGUGGCAUAGCGAUAUUACAUUCGAGCCUAUUCCUAGUGACUAUACCCUUCUGCGUCUGACAGAGUUACCCAAGACUGGUGGUGAUACUCUAUGGGCGUCUGGUUACGAGGUCUACGACCGUCUUUCCGAACCCUACCAGAAAUUCCUCGAAGGUCUCACAGCAACAUACGCCCAACCAGGCUUCAAUGCCAUCGCCAAAGAACACCAUUUCAACGUCCAUCCCGGUCCCCGUGGUGCACCCGAGAACGUCGGAGAAGAGCUUAGUGCUGUGCACCCCGUAAUCCGCACUAACCCCGUUACCGGGUGGAAGAGUGUUUUCGCUGUGGGUGUACACGUGCAGAAAAUUAAUGAUCUCUCCGAAGAGGAGAGUCGCCACUUGCUUGAUUGGUUUGUGACUCUUAUUGUUGAGAACCAUGAUUUACAAGUUCGCAAUCGCUGGCAGAACCCCAAUGAUCUCGCUAUUUGGGAUAACCGCUCUGUCUACCAUGCUGCGACGUGGGAUUAUGAUAACCUUGGACCGCGCACUGGACACCGUGCUGUUGGUCUUGGUGAGAGGCCUUAUCUUGAUUCUCAGAGCAUUGGACGACGGGAGUCUUUGGCGAAGGAAGAAUAUAUGGGUCUUGCUUGA